AUGUACAACCAGCGGGGUGCCAGUAGUCCAUUGUUCUUAAGCCUAGAAGAGGGAAGACUGAGAAACGACGACAAAUUUCAGCUCAACCGUGAAAGGUCCUCCAAUCUCGGCCUCAUCGUAGUUACUACUUUCGAAACAGAGCGCGCAGUAACACUUGUUUGCAACCAUCUUCACGUCAAUGGCCAACAUAAAACGCUGAAUCUUCUGGAGUCAUUGAAGUCUGGGUUAAUCGAGCUUGUGGAUCCCGACAACAAGGGACAUACGAUUGCGCUGCCUUACACUGCAGUACCACAGCUGGGCCAGCUCAACAUACCAGCCAAGCCUUCGCCUGAGCAUCUGCAGGUAUGGGUGGGUGUGGAGACUGAUACUACAAGUGCUGGAUGGAAGGAGGUUCUCCAGCCCGGACAUAUAUAUGGAUUACGGUUCUCCAAGAGCAACGAUGAAGUGUGGGGAUACUACACAGAUGAGUAUCAUGGAUCGCCUGGAGAGAUACCGCCAGCUGAAAGGCUAACCGUCGGGCGCGGGGAUAGUACAAUCUACUUUGCCGUUCACAACGAUCCAGCCACGCCGAAAAUCUUUGCCAAGUUGGAAGUGCCACAGAAAUGCUACCUCUCCGGCCCUGUUCCAUUUACACUCAUCAUUGAAUACUCUACAAAUAGCGAACGGCCGAUCACAAUUGACAAAUCACGCUCGCCUUUGUCCGUCUUCGAGGGUGAUCUGAAAACCAUUGAGCAGCUAAUCGACUGCCGGGAUGCUGAGACAAAAGAAGAGGUUCGCUGGGUUGGAUUUUUCGGCUGUGGAGAUUCCGAUCCGCACCCGUUAUUCCCUCCUGACGAUGAUUUCGUGGAGAUCUUACCGGAUAAACCAUGGCGGUUCGAGUGUACAUUGCAAAACCUCGAGUACGAGGACGAUACUGUGCGUAGCAUGUUCGGUUUGAAGUCUGGCCGGACAUAUAAGACCCAAAUCGCGAGCAAUGCUCUUUCGGCGUUUUCGCGGUGGCAAUACGGGCGGAAAACCGAUCUACUAAGUGGCAGUGACGAGGAAAAGAAGCGACGAUGGAAAGUCGACCAGGAUAAGCAAGGCAGUCUGAGUGUUGAGCAGAUAGGGGAGCCUACAGAGUUCACAGUUGUAAAAUGA